AUGGAGGAGAUGGCCCGGAAGGCCAUUUCUGCGGAGCUCACGGAGAAGGAGCUCAAUAAGGUCUCAGUGGAAGAGGUAGAUGCCCGGAUGACCAGCUUGGAGGGAGACAUCAAGAACUUAAAGCCCAACCUCGGUGCUAUUGAGGAGUUCCGCCGCGCCGAUGGGGAGCAUCGUACGCGUCUGGCGGAGUAUGAACAAGUGCACAAUGACCGCGAGGAGGCUCGUAGGAAGCUGGAACAACUUCGGCAGCAGAGAAUGAAAGAGUUCAUGGAAGGCUUCAGCGUCAUCUCCAUGAAGCUCAAGGAGAUGUACCAGAUGAUCACCCUGGGAGGAGAUGCUGAACUGGAGCUGGUGGAUACGCUGGAUCCCUUCAAUGAGGGCAUCCAUUUCAGCGUUCGGCCGCCGAAGAAGAGCCCGGGGAGCCCAGAAGCGACCCGGGAGCGUGAGCGUGAGCUCGCGGCGCGGCGGCCUUGUUGCCAGGCGUUGAACUUGGCCGGUUGGAAGCAGAUCACCAACCUCUCUGGUGGAGAGAAGACCUUGGCCUCUUUGUCCUUGGUCUUUGCUUUGCAUCACUACAGGCGGGGGACCAAGCUGCGGUGUUGCUACGGCUGGUAA